AUGCUCCAGUAUCAUAGGAUCGGAUCUCUAAAACAUGAUAGCAGACCAAGAUCUCCGACAACUUUCCCCUACCCGUCCUCUGAGUACUCCUCUGUGAAACCCGAUUGCUCGCAAAGCAUCGAUCUCGGUGACCCUGCAAAAACUGUCCCCAAAUCAGGCAUAUAUGCAUCGCAGUCUAGAUUUCGAACGAGCCCGGAAAUUGAAAAUACAGCAUUUGAGGAGUAUCAGUUUCUGCAUCACGACUUGCUCUCCCUAUCAUCCGAAGACAAAGCAUUUCUCUUUACCAAAGGUUCAUUUUCAUUGCCAAGUCGAGAGCUCGCAACAUACUUCGUCGAGAAAUUCUUCCAGCGAAUCCAACCAGUUGCACCUGUUAUUGACGAGGCGCAGUUCUGGAGUAUAUGGGAGGGCAGAUCCGAGGAAAAGUUUUCGCUCUUCGUUUUCCAGUCAUUACUUUUCGCAAGCUGCCCCUUUGUCCCACUUGAAAUCCUUCAAAAGUGUGGAUAUACCAACAAGAGAAAUGCCCGGAAACAUCUUUACGAGAGAGCAAAGCUUCUCUUCGACUUGAAUGCCGAGACGAAGCCCUCGGCUAAAACCCAGGGUGCCAUACUUCUCACACACCAUACCUCAGCCGAAGCACCCCAGGCCGGAAGCUUAUGGCUAGCGCGUGCAAUUGAAAAUGCCAUGAUGAUUGAUUCUCAUCCAUCUGCUAUCUUCGAAAAUUUCCCCCGGCACCUGAAAAGACGUGUUUGGUGGACCAUACUGCUGCGUGACAGAAGUCUUUGCAUCGGGCUGCGCCGCCGCCCGCAGGUGACCUCAAUAGACAUAUACGGAUGCCGCGAUUGGUUGAACGAAGAUGACUUUGGCGAGGAAAUGAAUAGCUCAAGAGUUCAUGGAUAUGAUAUCAAAGUACAACUACUCGUUGCGCUUCAAGAGCAGUGUGGCCUAGCUGUUCUACUUACAGACCUGGUCUGCUUAGUGUUUUCCCCCGGGGUGACGGCAAGAACCAAAUCAACCGUCGCUGAUCUCUGCCGAAAAUUGAAGCGAGUCGAACACAUCAAACAAUCUCUUAUUCGAUGGGAAGCCAAAGUCCAGCCUGCACCAAAGCCAGAUCCUCAUUCAACCUUUGAAGAUCCUGCCGGGGCUUUGAGAAAUUUGACUUUUAUGUACUAUCGUGCUGCUCAGGUCGAUCUUGCACAGUAUGCUGCUCUCCUUCUGGAGGAACAAAUGUCUUGCUCGGCAGACCUAUAUGAGCAGUCCGUAAAGCAGAUUUCAAGCGACCUAGCGAUGGGAAUUUCAGGAUUGACAGAUGUGAUGGAAUAUUUCAGUGUCAAUGGAAACGUAGAGCACUUGCCACUUAGUGUGUUGGCAUACGCUGCCAUGCCACUUGUUUUGGCAGCUAUUGAUCUCAAGCUUUCGCCAUCCAAUCGAGAAACCCAAAAAAGACAAAAGCGGUUGGACUCUAUCAGCCGAAUAAUUCGACAUUCGGAAACGCUUUAUGAUGUUACAGACUUCGUCGCAGUUGGGACUAAUCAAAUCUUACAGCUGGCGUAUUCAGUAACACGCAACGUAUUCCUUUCGCGUGCUUCUCAUCUGCGAAUCAGCCCGGAGAGCGACCACCAAAGUCUCAAGGUCCAGAACCAUCAUGCUCUCGCUUCACGUGUGCGGGCCAAAAGUUGGUUAGAUGCUUUUCUUAGCUGCCCUCGUGCGUAUCUCUUGAUUUCAACUUCUGUGGAUUAUAGUCUUGCAGUAGGUCGUCUGCCCUGUGGGGACUCUCUUCCUAUAUCAGUGAGACAUUUGUCUCCAAGCAGUGGCAUUGCUCGGUUGCCAUGGUCAACCGGUAACACUGCAGACGUUGGAAUAAUCCGUGAGAUAGGCGGAAAUGACGAGAGAAACUGCCGGGAUUCGCCAUGGGUAACCUCCGCAAAGAUAGUCGCUGCGACUGAAGGUACAGCGAUUGAACAUCAUCAUUUGGUCCAAAACGGCAUUAGUCACAGCCGAUGUGAACAAGGAUAUCAAGAUGAAAAGCUGUUCAGCGCAAGCGAAUGGCACAGGUACCAAAGGGCCGGAUUAAAAGAUCAAACGAGCGAUUACAACCCUCCGAUGACUGUCAAUCUUGAUUUUCUAGAGCUUGAUGGCGGACUUAGGUCACCGGAACCAUCUUCUCUCUGGCAUCUAGGAGUGUCGGACCGCGCCGACUUUACGACGCUAGCUUUCAUCAACAGCGCACACAACUGCUUGGGACAAUUUGAUUAUAGGCAUCCAAAAGAUGACCUGGCGCGCCAGGAUGCGACCCAGAAAUUUGACACGUGCCUCUACUAG